AUGGCUAUACAUCGUAACAUUACAUCAAAGGGUGGUUAUCACCUUAAACAUAAGCUAAGAGGCUUGAAAAAAAGAAAAAAGCAAGGGUUAACGAGUAACGACGAGGAUAACGAUAUACAGCAAACAAAAAAAGAAUGGGAAAUUCCAAGAAAGCUUUUACACACUUCUAUAGUGUCAAUUGCAGAUGCAUUACGAUUCAAUAGUGUCUCAUUUAAUAACCUUUACAUCAAAGUACUGGGAUUUUUGAUGCGAGAAUCAGAAAAGUAUGGUAAAAUAAACGGUGUAGUAUUUUACCUUGCUGGGUGUAUUGGCGCGCUGUCAAUAUUUCCGAAGGGUGAUUUUAUGGAUAAUUUAUUUGUGAAAUGCGAGUCACGUGACAUCGCAGCAAUAUCAAUACUCAUACUAUCGUGGUGUGACACUGCCGCAUCGUUUAUCGGUAGAAAAUAUGGACACUAUACCUAUAGAUUCAGUAAUGGUAAAUCGUUGGCAGGCACAAUUGGAGCCAUUGCAGUUGGAUCAAUAGCCGCAUUAUUAUUUUGGGGUGGAGGGUUACAAUUUCAUAAAAUUGAGGUUGAAAAUUGGAUACCGGAUAAAAGUGCAUUAUCAUUACCUGCAUUAUGUUUGAUAACAGGCAUAGUUAGUGGCAUUAGUGAAUUAAUAAAUGUGGGAGGGUUAGAUGACAAUCUUGUAAUGCCUUUGGCAGCAGGAUCUUUAUUAUGGGUGAUACUGAUUGGUCUAGGAUUAGGCGGGUCUACAUAA